AAAAAAACAUAAACAAGAAACAAGAGGCGAAAAGACCGAAAAGCCAGAGCCCGUAAUAAAAGCAGGAGGGUCUUUCAGGCGAUGGCGUCGAAGCGGAUCUUGAAGGAGCUCAAGGAUCUCCAGAAAGAUCCUCCUACCUCUUGCAGCGCUGGCCCAGUUGCUGAAGACAUGUUUCACUGGCAGGCGACAAUCAUGGGUCCUGCAGACAGUCCAUAUGCAGGUGGAGUGUUUCUUGUCACCAUACACUUUCCACCGGACUAUCCUUUUAAGCCACCAAAGGUUGCAUUCAGGACAAAGGUGUUUCACCCAAACAUUAAUAGCAAUGGCAGCAUUUGCCUUGACAUUUUGAAGGAACAGUGGAGCCCUGCCCUGACCAUAUCGAAGGUAUUGCUUUCGAUUUGCUCACUGUUGACAGACCCAAAUCCUGAUGAUCCUUUGGUGCCCGAGAUUGCCCAUAUGUACAAGACUGACAAGAACAAGUAUGAGACCACUGCAAGGAGCUGGACCCAGAAGUAUGCCAUGGGCUAGUGCGCUGCUAGGGACAGUGUGAGGAGGGCUUCCUUCCCUUUGGCAUUGAUCGUUUGAUCAGACGUAUGAAUGGUAUUGUUGUGAUCUGUUCUUCACAUAAAUGGGACCAAAAGGGAAAGAUUUCUGCCCUCGGAACACAAUUGCUUUGAAUUGUUAUGCAAAAUUUUUAAGUUAUGACUAUGAAACACAUCCAUCCCUUGUGUCUGAUACUCUCUACUCUCUAAAAUGAAAUCACAUCUAUCGUUGUCUGAUAUUCU